AUGUCGGCCUCAACAGCACUCAAUCGAGCUGCGCUCGAGGAGUUUGUGACGCAACGCGUCGAUCGAGAGAUGGUGACGCACCUGGCCCGCCAGGCUGCCCAGGUCAUCAGGUGUGAAGCCCAUGUGAUCAACACCCUCAACCAACAUGGUCAGCCCACGCCGCCGUCCACGCCCCCUAUGGAAGCUGCCGACAACGUGGCCCCGCUACCCUCGAUUGAGACUUUCAUUGCUUCCCUCAUCGCUCGCUCGCAGGUGCAGGUCCCCACCCUCAUGAGCUCCCUCGUGUACCUGGGUCGUCUGCAGGCCCGCCUGCCACCCGUUGCCAAGGGCAUGCGCUGCACCGUCCACCGAAUCUUCCUCGCCUCGCUGAUCCUCGCUGCGAAGAAUCUCAAUGACUCGAGCCCCAAGAACAAGCACUGGGCUCGCUACACCUCCGUGAAGGGUUUCGACGGGUUUGGCUUUUCGCUCCCCGAGGUCAACUUGAUGGAACGUCAGCUGCUUUUCCUGCUGGACUGGGAAACCCGCGUGACCGAGGAAGAUCUCUUCCUCCACCUCGAGCCCUUCCUCGCCCCGAUUCGCCAGCGCCUCGAGAUCCAGCAGACGGAAAUGAAGAAGCGCGAGCAACUGCGACGGGAAGAAAUCGAACGACGACGUCGUGAAAUCGUUCGUGAUUGGUACGUACCACCUACGCCUCGCCUUGUCCCGAGACCCCCCACUCACCACUUCGAUGUCAGGUCGAACUUUCAUGCUUCUGCGGAACUGCUGGCCAGCCGUCUUCGUCGUAAUAAGCCCGACCUUCACAGCAACCGCCAACCGGAGCGCGAACGUCGACUCCCCAGCCAUGUUUCUUGCCCAACUAUGCAACAACAAGAACCCCAAGCAGUUGCUGAACAUGAUCGCUUUGCUCCGUACAACCGCCACCGAGCUUCUCCUUACCGUCCUGGUCGCUCGAUCUCGCCUCCGUCCAUCCGUGAUGUGCCCGCCCUUUCCCAUGCCGAAACCGUCAACUCCUUGUGCUCGCGGUCGUCCAGUGUCGCGGCUAGUUCUCGCGGCACCCCGGCCAGUCUCAGCACUUGCUCUACAAACAGCGACGAGUUGAUGUUCUCGGACCCCAACACCAGCCCCUCCGCCUCCUUGACGCACAGCUACGUCAAUGUCGGCUACGAGAACAAGCAGAGCCUCCGCGCGACUCGCCAACCGAGCAAGAAGAUGAAGACCGGCGGCUACCAUCACGGUAACGGCUUUGUCGCUCGUUUCAUUGCUUCCGCUACUGGUUCCUACCGUAUGAGUCGGCAUGCCUAA